GGUUCUUUCAGGAAAUGUAUAAAGGAUGGUGAAUUAGAAUAGUAAAAAUGAGUCUGGCAGCAAUUCUUUGAUCAGAUGAUAAAUAACAAGUCUCUGGGGACUCAGCUCUUAUUUCCCAUUCAUGAAAAGGAAGUUUGAAGCAAUUGCACACAUUUGGACAACCUACUUAACUGUUGUUUCUCGUCCAUUCCUUACCAUGGGAAGUGACUCCCACACAGAGUUCCAAAACUCUGUGUUCCAUACAGAGUUCAGAAACUCUGUUUUGAUCUUUGGACGAGAAUAAAUCAGGAGGCUUAAGCUCUAGCUAGAGGCUACUAUGUAGCUUGAUAAGUGUUGAUGAGCCAAGAAUCUCUGAGCAUCACUCUGCUGUAAGAAGGAAGUCCUGUGCUUUGACUCUGUCGAUCAUUAAGGGGAGGGUUCUCCACAUAACACAGCAAGAGCUGUGGUUAACUUGACCACUGGAUGAGGGGAAGAACAAGAAACUGUGUGCUCAACAACAAUGACACAAGUUCAAGAUGAUCCAGCCUCUCUCUGGCUGAUGACAGCCCUGAGUCACUGUAGAGCAAAUGUAGAAUUGGCGAUCGUGCUUGCCCUCCUGGCAUCGGCAGGCCUCCCUCCGCUGUGUUCUAGUUCCUCACUCAAAUCGGAAAAGUAAAGGUAUUUUUUAAGAAAUAGCUUGUCAUCCAAAUGUUUUGAUAAAUAUGGCAAUCUUGUAAGUAGUCAGGUUGACACUCUCCUUGUUACCGUCGACAUUGGAUAAACAACUUAUCCAGCGCCCACGUGCUCCAUUAAGACCCCUUUGCUGGGCCAGACUUUGCAUCAUGCUUAUGUUUCCUUGUGUAGGACACGUUUGUUGUCAAUGUUCCUCAGAGGGGAUUAUAAAUGUGUUGGGCAAGUACCACAGAGGGUAGAUUGGGAGCUGUGGCUUCAACGCAACACAGUGAAGUAAAACGUUCCACAACUUUUGGGGGGAAUCUCUGCUUUGUUCUUCAAUAAUUUAUUCUAGCUAAGCAGUGCUCCUUUGAGGUCACCAAGAGGCUGUGCAGGAUAUAUGGGUCUGACCAAAGUCAUUACAUUACUUAUGAGUCAUUGACCACAGUGCUGUUAGACUGAGAGAAACAGCUGGAAGUGGUCCAGGAACACGACUUGGACCACAGCUGCGCAAGCUGGAUACGUCUGUCACAGAGGGUCUGUCUCUGCAUAUUUACCAUCUUUUUGUUACUGAGCAGACUGACCCAGAGAUGCAGUUAUAGAAAUGGAGUGGACAAUGGGCCUGGCUCAGAGGCCAUCGUCAGUGUGCUCAGUGCUGACUUUACCCAACCGCGCACUGUCUUCUCCAGCUUGGAGUGGGGAAAAGAUGGGAUCUUCUCAUGGCACCCUGCAUUUCAACCUCGUUCACAUGGGUCUCAGGCUACUCUUUCUCCAUGAACAGCGUUGUCUUAUCGUGUAUAAGGACUGCUCCAUUAGCAGCUGGGAAGGAUCUCCUCACUGUCGACAGCCAUGACUGUUAGGACACAAGCUUGGAGCACAAUGGUGAGGCCAUUUCCCCCAACUUCCUAAGCAGCAAAGGAGGGCCACGCCACCUCACAAGCAAGCGGAGAUCAGAUCUUCAGUUGCUACACAGAAAACGCAGUCACCAAUCUAGAGGAUUCCUCAGAUCUGAAUGUGGUAAAAUAGUGUCUCUUUUCUCCUUAUUUUAAGGAAAAGUAUUCCAGUUUCAGAUUUAUACCCCAUUAUUUUAGCGAGGAGAAAGCAAGCAACAAUUGCUUGUCCUAAAAGAUUCUGGCAGAACUAUUUGAGCCAUUAAACAUUAGCCAAACAUCUUUUUGGAUAUCAUAAUAUAAACUUGGUGGAGAACCGAGUGCCUGGUGCCAGGACAAAGCUGAGAGCUUCUCUCCAGACCCAGAGGUUCCUCCCCACUCUCCAGGGGCUAAUCCUUGGGGCAGAAGCUCCAAGCUUUUGGCUGUAGUGCAAGGAGUCCCCCAGCUGGGCUGCUGGAUAAAUCGCCUUUCCUCCCUUUUCAGGAACUCUUGUCAUGAAUGUGUUUUCAAGACAAGAGGAAGGAGGGUUGUUUAUUUGCUCUAAGGAAGCCAUUUCUUGAGAUAACAGUGCCAGGCUCUGAGAUAGAGAGAGUAAAGUCAGAACUGUUAAAAACAGCAGUUGUCGCCUGUGGGGUUAACGCAAGAGAUGGGCUCUGGACCAGACAUUGACAACUGUCUGAAGAACUUCCAUUCACUUGCUCCUCUGGCUCAUUCAGUCAGGACCAGACACUCUCAGAGCAAGGGACAGCUGAAGGACUGGAUCUCAGUCCAAGGCUUCAGGAACAUCGCCAGCAGCUGCACGGGGAUUGUGCACCUUACUAUCAACGACAUGCCCACUCUGACGGACAACUGCGUAAAAGUUUUGGUUGAGAAGUGUCCCCGUAUUUCGUCGGUGGUUUUAAUUGGUUCACCACACAUCUCUGACUCUGCUUUCAAAGCUCUUUCCUCCUGCGACCUCAAAAAGAUUCGAUUUGAAGGAAACAAAAGGAUUUCUGAUGCGUGCUUUAAGUCGAUAGACAGGAAUUAUCCAGGCAUCAAUCACAUUUACAUGGUGGACUGCAAAGGGCUAACAGACAGCAGCCUCAAGUCACUUUCACUUUUGAAGCAAUUGACAGUGUUGAACUUGACAAAUUGCAUAAGGAUUGGUGAUAUCGGCCUGAAGCAUUUUUUUGAUGGUCCUGCGAGUAUCAGGCUAAGAGAGCUCAAUUUGACUAACUGCUCACUGCUGGGCGAUUCCUCUGUCAUCAGACUGUCAGAGCGUUGCCCUAAUUUACACUACUUGAAUUUACGAAAUUGUGAACAUCUGACUGACUUGGCAAUUGAAUAUAUUGCAAGCAUGUUAUCCUUGAUAUCAGUAGAUCUUUCUGGAACACUCAUCUCAAAUGAGACUUCUGCCUACCCUUCUGUCAUCCUCAUGGCCUCGCUCUGCCCUUCCGCUUUACUCCAGCACCACAGCCUCCAUCUAGAUUCUCAAGCAAAGAAUUUCCUGUCUCAGGAUCUUUACACACGUGCCUGGGAUGUAUAUCUGUAUACAUGUGCCUGGGACAUGGGGUCUGUAUACAUGUGCCUGGGAUGCAGGGUCUGUAUUCAUGUGCCUGGGAUGUAUAUCUGUAUACAUGUGCCUGGGAUGUGGGAGCUGUAUACAUGUGCCUGGGAUGCAGGGUCUGUAUACAUGUGCCUGGGAUGUAGAUCUGUAUACAUGUGCCUGGGACGUGGGGUCUGUAUACAUGUGCCUGGGAUGCAGGGUCUGUAUUCAUGUGCCUGGGAUGCAGGGUCUGUAUACAUGUGCCUGGAAUGUAGAUCUGUAUACAUGUGCCUGGGAUGUGGGAGCUGUAUACAUGUGCCUGGGAUGCAGGGUCUGUAUACAUGUGCCUGGGAUGGGGGUCUAUAUACAUGUGCUUGGGAUGUGGGGUCCAGUAGAAAAUCACUUCUCUAUCUAGAUCAUUUCUAUACUAUACAAUACAAAUGGGUGAUUAUGGUUCCUUCCUUUCUUCCUCCUCCUCUUCCUCCCGUCUUUCCUCCUCCCUUUCUUUCUUUUCCUUCCCUAGCCUUCCUUCCUCCUUUCAGAUUCUCAGUGUCAGGGAGUAAAGUCUGGGUCUGGUACAAGCCAAGCAAGCUGUCUACCGCCCAUCAAGCUACAGCCCAUCCCUCCUUUUACUUUCUGUUCUGAGGCAAGGUCUCGCUGAAUUCUCCAGGCUGUCUUGGGCUCACCUUGUAGCCCACAUAGGCCUUGACUUCUGAUUCUCAUACCCCAGCCUCCUGAAGACCUGGGGUUAUGGGCCCACAGCCCCAGGUCUGAUUGACACAUUGUUUCUUUAAGGAAGCAGAUCCUGCGGUGAUUUAGUUCCCUAGCUGCUUUUUUAUAUGAGUGUUAGAUAAGUGUUGUUCAGUUCCUAAUGUCCUGCACAUUAUCCUUGGCCCUUUACAGCAUAGCUAUUCAGUUCCUAAUGUCCCAUACAU